UUGUUGCGUGACAAAUAUAUUUCGCGCCUGCGCACUACACCAGGGCGUUUGCUUGGUUCGCCCUUGUUUGGUGGAAGCCACAAACACGAUCAGUUGUUCUGCUAACUCGUGAGUCUCAUUCAGUUUUCCAGGAUGCCCAACUUAACGAUGGACGAUGUUAGGCGACAAGUUCGCAGUACAGGGAAGCCGUUUGAAGACGAUGAAUUCCUUGCAAUCGACUCCUCGAUUUUCUUCUCUAAACGGCCUCCACGUCCAUUUGAAUGGAAGCGACCAUCGGACAUUUGUGAGGACCCUCACAUGUUUGUUGGUGGAGCAAGUAGGCUUGACAUCCAGCAGGGCAUGCUAGGCGAUUGCUGGCUUCUUGCCGCAAUUGCCGCAUUGACGCAACACUCCGCCCUAAUGAAUAAGGUUGUCCCACAAGACUACGUGGCAAAUCCUAAUGACCGUAACUACACUGGUGCUCUGAAAUUUUGCAUUUGGCAAUAUGGGGAAUGGAAGGAUGUCAUUAUUGACGACCGCCUCCCUACCUAUAAUGGCAAAUUGGUUUUUGUGCACUCUUCUGAAAGGAAUGAGUUUUGGAGUGCUCUGCUUGAGAAGGCAUAUGCCAAGCUGAAUGGUUCUUACGAGUCCCUGAAAGGUGGUCAGACUGGUGAGGCCCUUGAAGACUUCACAGGAGGACUUGCAGAGUCAUUUGACUUGAACAAAAACGUACCAAAGGACCUGUUUUGUAUCAUGCAGACGGCAGAGAAGCGCCAUGCAUUGAUGGGAUGCUCCAUUGCAGCCAAGGCGAAUGAGAUUGAAGCCAAGCUAAACAAUGGGUUAGUGAAGGGACAUGCCUACACAGUGACAGGAUGCCGACAGGUCAAGGCCAAAACUCGCCGUGGAGACCUUGACGUUGAGCUUGUCAGGGUGCGAAACCCGUGGGGUAACGAGAGGGAGUGGAAGGGGGCCUGGGGGGAUGGGUCAUCUGAGUGGCAGCUUUUGUCUGAUUAUGAGAAAAAGAGCAUAGGCCUUACAUUCGAGGAUGAUGGAGAGUUUUGGAUGUCAUUUGAUGACUUCAAAAAACAUUUCACGACCCUCGAGAUCUGCAUGUUAGGUGCAGACAGCGCCAUGGAGGGGAGCUCCGUGGGAUUCGAGUCCAGGUCCGAACACGGAAUGUGGCGUCGUGGUCUGACUGCAGGGGGCUGCCGUAACUUCAUCAAGACCUUUCACAAGAACCCACAGUUCAGAAUCACUCUACAGGACAGUGAUGAUGAUGCGGAUGACCUCUGCACGGUCAUUAUUGCGCUGAUGCAGAAAGAUCGCCGCAAGGAGAAGAAACAUGGAAUUAACCCACUCACUAUUGGCUUUUCCAUCUACAAGCUUGAAGAGGAGAAAGACAAACAGGGCAAUUUGGACAUGGAAUUCUUCCAGUACCACGCCUCCACCGCCCGCUCCCCUGUAUUCAUCAACAGCCGUGAAGUCGUUGGCCGCUACGCCCUACCCCCUGGAGAAUAUGUUGUCAUUCCUACCACCUUUAACCCGAAUGAAGAAGGCAACUUCGUGCUGAGAAUGUACUCCGAAAAGGCACACAAAACAUGCGAGGUGGACGAGAAGACUGAAUUUGCUCCACAACAUCAGAGAAGGGUGCAGAUAUCUCGCGAGCAACAUGACACACUAAACAGCAAAUUUAAGGAGUUCUUUGAUAAUCUUUCUGGAAGGGAUGGCGAGAUUGAUGCAAAGGAACUGCAGCAGAUUCUCUCUACUGCCCUCAAGAAUGAUCUUGGCGGUAAACCCUUUAGCCUGGAAGGCGCGCGAAGCAUCAUCAGUAUGUACGAUGAAGAUGCCAGUGGCAAGCUCGGGUUUGAAGAGUUCAAGGAGACAUGGCUCCAAGUCAAGAAAUGGAUGAAAAUCUUCCAAGUUUUUGAUGAGGACAAGUCCGGUGAGAUGGACACAUAUGAACUCCGUGGAGCCCUAAAAGAAGCUGGUUUCACCCUCAGCAACUCGGUGUUGUACGCUGUGAGCGCCCGCUAUAGCACAGGAGAUGGUAAAGUCAAUGUCGAUGACUUCAUGGAGAUUCUGACUCGUCUGAAUAUUCUCUCAGCCGCCUUCCAGAAACAGGCGGGUCAAGGAGGCCGCCGUGCCGCCUUUGACAUCGAUCAGUUCAUUUCAAUGGGAAUGAUUCUCUAAACACUCGCGUUCACUUCCGGUUUGAUACGUUCUUGGAGAUGGGUGUCAUACUGUAAACUGUACCUUCUGACACAAUGCAGAUUGCGUUCGGUCGAAAAAUAAGAUAUUUUAAGCUAAUGCUUGAACCCAAACUAGAGGCAUUCAGAAUCUAAUGUACCUUUUCUAGACUGCCCGAGAAUUUUGCCGUUUGCCUAGGUUUUAUAGCUUAUGUAACAACCAAAACUUACUAACUCUUGUAAUGUCAUAUUGUGAAUCUUUCGCUGGAACGUGAUCAAUUUAUAACCAUUUUUUGUAACAUUUUAAUAAUAGCUACAGCGACUUGGCAAGUUGAUGGAGUAUGAAAGGGAUCCCACUAUUAUAAUAUUGGAGCUCCUCUAGUCAGUUCGAAUUUAAUGUAAUGAAAUUCAAUUUUGACAGAAAAUUUGGAAUAAACUGGUAAGAUCUAA